UGCACCUGAAUCAUAUCUGUUGUUGUCAGAGAGCAGCAUCACAUUCAGAGCUACAAGUGGAUCGCGUUUAACGUCCAGUUUUCUUUCAUCGUCUCUUUAAUAAGUGUUUUAAACAUGAAGAGACCCCCGAGGCUUCUUCAUUAACGCUGAGCUAACCGUUGAGUACUGUUACUCUCCUGGUGGUGGAUUAGACUGGUCGCACAUGUAAAGCUGGAGACUUUUCGAGGCCUCAAGCCAUGCCUCGGUCCACAGUUGGUCUGUGAAACCGCCAAAACGUUACUUCGACCCAGUGACGCGUAGGCGAGGUAGCCGUGGGGGCUACACCAGGGUUUAUUCUGUUGUGUGAAAGGGCUGGGUUACAGACAUGCACCCACCAUCUCGACAGGGCUAUGUAUCCAUAAGCUUUGCUGGACAAGGAAGUUACAAUAACAGUAAGCAGUGGAGGAGGCAGUCCUGCUGGAGGAAGUGGAAGCAGCUGUCCAGGCUGCAGCGAAGCCUCAUCCUCUUCAUCCUCGUCCUUUUGUUUAUUUGUGGAAUUGCUUCCUAUCCUACUGUUACUGAACACCUCAGAGGCCUUACAGAUGGAGAGCGAGACACAGACAGUAACAGCAUCCUGAGACCUGCCAUCCCCCAUGUACUGCCUGAGCCUGUCAAACACGGCCCCCCAGCACUAACUGAACAGCCCUCCCAGAGGAAAUUAUCCAAUAAGAGAGGACCACCCGUCCUUCAGAAUCGUCUUCAGAGGAAAGUGAACACUUCAGAUACAGUGGUCGAGGACAAGGCAGCUGACAGCAAGAAAGAAGGAGAGGAGGAGGGAGUCAUCAGCUGGCGUGGGGCAGUGAUUGACACUGACCAGGCCACAGAGGGCACCAAGGAUGGAGAGAAGGAGGAUUCACCUGCCAACCAAGAAGCCAAAGUAUCUAAAGAGCCAGAAGCUAGGAGGCUGGAGGCGGUGCAGGAAGCUUUCAGACAUGCAUGGAAGGGUUAUAAAGAUUUUGCUUGGGGCCAUGAUGAGCUCAGGCCCAUCUCCAAGUCCUACAGCGAGUGGUUUGGCCUGGGUUUGACGCUUAUUGACGCCCUGGAUACCAUGUGGAUCCUGGGGCUUAAAGAAGAAUUUGAGGAAGCAAAGGCGUGGGUGGCCACAGAGCUCACAUUCAACAAGAAUGUAGAUGUCAACCUGUUUGAGAGCACCAUCCGCAUCCUGGGAGGCCUGCUGAGUACCUACCAUCUGACUGGAGACACCCUGUUUUUAGACAAAGCUAAAGACAUCGGCUCCAGGCUGAUGCCAGCCUUCAACACCCCGUCCAAGAUCCCUUACUCUGAUGUGAACAUCGGCAAAGGUACAGCCCACCCCCCUCGCUGGACCUCAGACAGCACUGUGGCUGAGGUUACAAGCAUCCAGCUGGAGUUCAGAGAGCUGAGCCGCCUCACCCAGGAACCACAGUAUCAGGCUGUGGUGGCUGAGGUUAUGAAUCAGAUCCACAAGCUGGACGGGAAGCUGGAUGGACUCGUGCCCAUGUUCAUCAAUACAAACAACGGACAGUUCACCCAUCAAGGCAUCUACACACUGGGAGCCAGAGCAGACAGCUACUAUGAAUACCUGCUGAAGCAGUGGAUCCAGGGAGGCAAGAAGGAGAGCCAGCUCUUGGAGGACUAUCUACAAGCAAUAGAGGGUGUAAAGAAGAACCUGUUACAGAAGUCUUCUCCUAAUGGCUUUACCUUUGUUGGAGAGCUCUCACAUGGACAGUUCAGCCCUAAGAUGGACCAUCUAGUGUGCUUCCUGCCGGGCACUCUGGCCCUCGGUGCUCACAACGGCCUGCCUGCUGAUCACAUGGAUCUGGCCAAACAGCUGAUGGAGACCUGCUAUCAGAUGUACCUCCAGAUGGAGACAGGCCUCAGUCCGGAGAUCGUCCACUUCAAUAUGCAUCAGGGCAGUAUCCGAGAUAUUGAUGUGAAGCUUGCAGACAGACACAACCUCCUCCGACCAGAGACAGUGGAGAGUCUCUUCUACCUGUACAGGUUUACCAAGGAUCACAAGUACCAGGACUGGGGUUGGGAGAUUCUCCAGAACUUUGACAAGUACACAAAGGUUUCCUCUGGCGGCUACACCUCCAUCAAUAAUGUGCGUGACCCAGACUACCCGAGCCCCCGAGACAAGAUGGAGAGCUUCUUCCUGGGAGAGACCCUGAAAUAUCUGUACCUGCUCUUCUCAGGCGACCCCAACCUCAUCAGCCUAGACCAGUAUGUCUUCAACACGGAAGCUCAUCCUCUGCCUAUAUGGCCUUCCACUGCGUGACGUACACACACACACACACACACACACAGGAAUUCAAAUGGUAUGUAUAAACACAACAACACAACAUCUCAGGGUUGCUCUGACAACAGGAUGAAAGCUUCAUCUCCUCUGUAUCAGUGAGUAAACAGUAAACAGCCCUGACCACAGAUGGAAAAAGCUUCCUCUUCACUGACUGAAUCAGCUGUUUGCCAUGUGAUAAUAGCCAUUAAGAAAUGAGCCGGGUUCAGUGUGUGGCUUGUUUGUGUAUUUUGGCAUAGGAGGGUUUCUGUGCUCUUUUAACACCCAGACAGAAUCAGCACUGAGGUAGAACCUGACCGUCACUUGAACAUGAACUGGUCUUAAUCGCAUGUCGAGGUGUAGGAGUGUCAGGUCGGACUGAUACAGGUGUCCCGAAGGCUGAUUCUGCUAGUUUCAGUUUCAAGCUGCUUACAGCUGUGCAUGUUCAGUUCCUCACAACCACCGCCCCCCCUCCCAGAAAAAAAAUUUAAAGUCUUAAUUCUUACCCCCACAUCAUAUUCAUAUUCCAGUGGAAAGGUUUCUGAAACCUAUUGUAAUCCACUGCUGACACAAAGCCGGUAUCUGGAGGUCUGACCCCAGUGCUGGGUGUGAAGGCAGGAUGGUUGCCUUUCGUAGCAUAAAUGUUGCCUGACAGCAGCCACCAGCUGUCUGAACUGAAACCUGAAACUUGGAAGCUGCACCUGCACCUAGAACCUGACCGCUCUGCUGACAUGUUUGCACACGGGUGUUAAUGUUGCAGGGAUACGAGGGGAAAAAGCCAGUUCCUCAUCACACUGUAUAUAUAGUCCUCAAGUGCUCGGGCUGGAAAUACUCUCAGAUGCUGAAGCUUCCUGACAGGGCGUGACCAUGCCACAGGUGUGUGUGUGUGUGUGUGUGUGUGUGUGUGUUUGCUGUUCUGUGUUGCAUUCAUGUCAUUCAGGACAUGAGGGGAUUUUACCACAUGAAAAUCCUUCCACAGUUUACCAGUGGAGGAAGCAGCAUUCAGAUCCUUUACUUGAGUCCAGGCAUUAUCAGCUACAUAUUUUUGCAGCCUAGUAACCCAAAGGUGUCCUCAUGGCCUAUGAAAAAAAAAAACUAUACAGUAAUGUCUUCGUAAAAAGUCCUACCCACUAUCUUAAUGCUGCAGCUCAUGUCUUGUCAGAUAGUUUAUUUGCUGUUGGAUUAGCCAGAAACAAACAGCACUGCUUGGUUAUUUUAUUUAUCAGCUGUCUCUUAAAUGAUUUUCCAGAAAAUUUCCUAUCAUCGCAAAUAGAUGUCAGCAUCUGAAUUUAAUAAGACAAACACGUUUGGUAAACAUCACCCACUUCUUAUAUAUUAUUAUAAUAUAUAUAUAUAUAUAUAUUUAAAACUUGAAAAUGCUUAAAUAAAAUCUUUAUCUAAUAACAGUCUGAGGCAUGAAGCCCUGCAGGCUGUUAAAUGAAAGCGACAGACUGCCUACAGCCAUUUAGGCUCUAAGCAGUUUCUCACUUUCACACUUAGGCACGAAUGCAACAUGGUGGCAACCAGCCACCUGCUCUGAUAACGUAUUGACUGUGUUGCCCACAGUGUUGACAUGGUUUGGUGAUAAACUCUGAUCUCUGAUGUCGUCAGCAAUGAAAUGUCAGGUGUGGGCAGUGAUGUGCUUCUGAUAAACUCUAGUCUGGUGUGUUCGCCUGGCAACAACAAACCAUUUAGUUGCUUUAAACCUUCCAGCUCCCAUAUGACAUGAAUGCUACACGGGACACAGAUGAACUUGGUCUUAUUCCAGUUGUUGCCAAGCAGCAGAUUUCCUUCUGAACUGUGAAGUUUUUGUUUUUUUAUGAGCACAGCAGUGGGUUCUUAGCAUCAGUGAAUUUGAUUGUCUCCUUUUUGUUUUUUUUUGUUUGUGCUGAGCAGCUGCUCUUCUCGCUGAAUGUUCCAGUUCUUUCUUCUUUUGUCAUUUUCUUUGGUAAGGUUUUAGUAUUUGUUUUACUUUUAAAUGAGAGAUAUGAACCGUUAGAUUUUAAAUAUAAAUUUAACAUAAUAUAUUGAUUUGUAGUGUAUAUUUAAAGUUGUAAUUGCAGCUAUCUUGAAGCAGUGAGCUCGGAUUGUGCAUUUCAUUGAGAUUGUGUAGUAGUAGCAGCAGUGGCUUAAGAGCAGCCUGCAGUCAUUCCUACAAACACCACUAGUUUACAUCGUAGCUGUAGUUGUUCCUUUGAAGAACUGUAUGAACCUGAAUUGAGACCAAACUCAUUUUGUAUAUUCUGUUUAUUUUCCAUCACCUGUGCCUUUAAUGUUGCUUCAGACAACAUUCAAAAGACGAGUGUUAACUUUCUGUCCAUUUCUAUCCAUUCAAGCUGUUUUUCCCUGUGCAUACGUUGCCGAUUGACUCCACUGUGCACGCUCCAUGUGAUUACUGCAGGUAUAAGUAUUUUUUACAAUAGAAUAAUGAAAUAAGCAUGGAUAUUUUUUCCCAGCAGGCCCUCCAAGCAAUCAUUAGGUUUUACAUAACCCUCAUCUCUACCAGUGUGUGUAUUUAAACCCUGCCUACAAGGGCUCUGUGUGAUCCCUGCCUGGAUGUAUUUCAGCAUAAUUCCUGAGCCAAAGAUAUGCUGAAAAUAAAAAUCAACCCCCCGGUGUUCGGGGGCUUGUUUUUAACGAAGAAAAGCCAUUUCUCCAGAGCCACAUCUUUCAGGAAAAAAAAAAAAACUAACUAACAAAGGAGAUAUUUUCAGUGCUUUUGAUAACAGUGUCACCGAUGUGGGCUUUGAAGACUGAUGAUAUGAUAUUUUUAGACUAAAGUCAAUGAUGACUGAUUGAGUUCUAUAUUAGUUGCAGCCACUGAAGUGUGAUUUGUGGAAAGAUUCAGACCAGUACAAGAAGAGUAAAGCUGUAAUGCAGGUUUUCUAACUUUAAAGAGUUAUAAACCUGAUGCUCUGCCUUGGAACAGCUGGUGUAAUUGGCGGUGGGAGGCUCCAUUAUUCAUCCAUCUACAGUCUACACUGUUCUUCUAGAUCAUAUUUUUGGUAAAAUCAUCUUUGGUUUUAUUGUCAUACACUGUCUUAGACAAACUUUGUAGUAUUUGCAGCUACUGUUACACAGCUACACGUGAACUGAUGUGUUCACAUAUUUAGAUUUACUGUAAAUAGAAGCCAGUGGUCAUUACAACAAUCCCUGAGGAGUGCUGGGUUGGUAAAAUGCAACUUGAGCAUUAAAACCAUCAUUCAAGGAUCAUGUUAUUAGUGAAUGCAGUGGUUACCAACCCAUCACUCCCUGGGUGGCACCUCAGUUUGAGAACCACUGAGUUAAAGUUAGGUUGCAAUCAGCACAGCCACUAUCUGCACCGGUGUACAGGCACUAUUAUUACUAAUGAUAUUCUCGACCCAGGAUCUUUUCAGUCACACUCUUAGGCAGGUAGGUUUGAAAGACAGCUGUAAAAGUCUGUAUGUUUCUCCAUCAGAAAACGACGGCUCAUUUUAUACGGAGUCAUUUACAGCAGACUGUAGAAGCUUGAAGUUCAGCAGAGGGAAAGAUAAAGAUUGUUUUUAAGGAAGUAAACCACUUGUGCAGCAUAAUCUUCUCUGAUCUCUGACUACACCUUCAGUUAUCUGUCAAAGAACAGAGCAGAACUUUGAGUCCACGGAGGAGGAGGAGGAGCAGGGGUCUGAUCUCUGCUCAGGUUUUCACAGAGUGGAAUAAAUACUGAAGAUUUGACUUUUUUUUUUUUUUUUUCAAAAGUACAAACUGGACUCCUGCAGAGACCUCCUCACAGACACUGUGGCUUUUAUGUUGUGCGUCAAUCGUAACAGAUCCUCCGUCAGCCUGAAGUGUGAUCUCUGUCCAGAUGCUGUGGAAUGGGAUUUUAUAUAAAUGUGGAACAUGUUAAACAGCUUUGUUCUGAUGGAGGCGUGGCUGAGGCUGCACUGGCUCAAUGGUUUUGGGUUGUUGUUUUUUUUUUUAUUUCAAACUUUCUUAAACAUGUUGAUGUCACCUGGUGUGUAAUAAAUGCU